ACCGAGAAUAGACCCGUCGAGCACACGCAUGUCCUUAUAUCUAUGCAAUCCUCAUAAGUACCUAUGCUACCCCUCGCGCGCUCCAUCAUUUCGAAUAUUUAUCGACCACCACCGCCCAUUCUCUUCAGCAAAAACGCACUUGGCGUCCGCACAGACUCCGUAAGUGAUCUACUUUGCUGUGUACCCACUAGACCCGCAGUUUCCGACUUCUCGGAAAGUUGUUCAACUUGGAGCCAAGACGGUUUUGAGUGGACGAUUUGGGACUAGCUUGAUGUUUCGCAUCAUGUUGCCGCACCGAAUCGCUUCCCGGAAUCCCUUGAAGCUUAUCGAAUGAAAACCGAGCUGACUUUGAUGGGUCCAGAAUAACUCCCGUCCCUCGCCCCGUCACCAUGCCGGUAUUGACUGGAGCUGUUCCCAUCGCUACCACCACGCUCAGUGCCAUUGAGCAGUCCAAACGAUUAGCGGCAUACACUGCUGUGGACAAACACAUUCUCCCAGAACAUAAGGUUAUCGGAAUAGGAUCUGGAUCUACUGUGCCCUAUGUUGUGGAGCGAAUCGUCGCACAGGGGCGCGAACUUAACAAGGAUCGGGUGUUCAUUCCGACUGGAUUCCAGUCCAAGGAACUCAUCGUCAUGUCGAACCUCAACCUAGGCGACGUUGAUCAAUUUCCUACCAUCGACGUCACCAUAGAUGGUGCUGACGAAGUUGACCUUGACCUCAACUGUAUUAAAGGUGGCGGAGCCUGCCACUUGCGGGAAAAGGUACUCGCGGAGGCUGCGAAUACAUUUAUUGUGGUAGCCGACUAUCGCAAAAACGCGGAGUACCUCGGGACAAACUUCACUCCUGGCGUUCCAGUCGAAGUCGUGCCAUUCGCAUACGCCCAAGUUUUGCGUAAAUUGCGCGAUGUUUUGGGUUCCCCCAACGCUACCCUGCGUAUGGCAAAGGCCAAAGCCGGUCCUGUGGUAACUGACAAUAGCAAUUUCGUCAUCGAUGCGCCUUUCUCCAGAGAGAUCAUGAAGGACCCUUCCACUAUUUUGGCAAAAAUCAAAAUGCUCACAGGUGUCGUGGAAGUUGGUCUGUUCUGCGAUAUGGCUCAGGCCGCAUACUUUGGUAACGAGGACGGCAGCGUGACUGUGAAGAGAAAGGUCGAAUCCAAGGUCGUCGAAGAAUUAAUUCUUCCUUCAUGAUGACAGAGCACAAUAUACGAUUUUCGAUCGCAAGAUAUAGAGAUCAUGGAUCUUGUGUGCGGGAUUUCUUGAGGAAUGGAUAUGUGGAGCGGGUUUAAAAUAUAGACCGAUUUAUCUUACACAAAGUCUUAACACUGGAAGCACACAUAACUUUUGGAAAAUGUUGAAAAAAUCAUAACAAAAGGUUUCAAUAAUUUUUUUGUUUUUGUGUCACCAAUGGAGAUUCAUGUCUGUUACAGCUAUUUGCAUAAUGGUAGAGGCCGGCGGUAAUUUCCAAAAAA